AUGCCACAACUGCCCGUCACGCACGUCAACGAGGGCGUGCCACUACCGCCCGCCACGCAUGUCAACAAGAGCGUGCCACAACCACUCGUUACGCACGUCGACGAGGGUGUGCCAAUACCACCCACCAUGCACGUCAACAAGGGCAUGCUACAACUGCCUGUCACGCACGUCGACGAGGGCGUGCCACAACUGCUCGUCAAGCACAUCAACAAGGACGUGCCACAACCAUUCGCCACACAUGUCAAGGGCGUGCCACAACCACACGAUACCAAAGGCGUGCAACGACCGCCGCCCCACGUGCCACCUUGGACGCGACGCCGCCCCACGUGCCACCUUGGAAGCGCCGCCUGCAGCCGUGCACGCUGA